GGAGCAACCGCCUACCGCGGAGAAAUAUUUAACAGCAUAAGAACACAGCAACUUUCUAUACGACGAUUGAGCAGGAAAGCUGACUUAUUGGGCGGAGUUCGAUUCACAUUUACCGAAGAAAAUCGAAGAUUCUUAGCAAAGAAAACUAGAGUAAUGUCGUUUAUAAAAUUAAAACUUGUCAUUGUCGGAGAUGGUGCAUGUGGGAAAACAUGUCUACUAAUGGUGUUUCGCAAUGACGAAUUUCCACCCGACUACGUUCCGACGGUUUUCGAGAAUUACGUCAAGGAACUAACAGUUGACGAGCGAGACAUCGAACUUGAACUAUACGAUACUGCUGGACAAGAGGACUACGACAGGCUCAGACCGCUCUCUUAUCCGGGAAGUGAUGUCAUACUCAUCUGUUACUCUGUUGAUUCGCCAAAUAGUUAUGAAAACGUCAGGGAAAGAUGGAUACCAGAAGUUGAGCAAUUUUGCCCGCGUACGCCCAUAGUGCUUGUUGCUUUAAAGAAAGAUUUGCGUGACGACACGAAUACGAUAGACGAUCUGAAAGAGCAAGGCGAGGAACCUGUGAGCACCGCGGAUGGAGAAAAACUGGCUAGGGACACCGGUGCAACGGCAUUUCACGAAUGCUCCGCUUUGAAACGUGACGGCGUACACGAUGUGUUUCAUGCUGCAGUGAGGGCGGCCAUCAUAAAAAAGAAAGUAGAUUCGGGUUGUUGCUGCGUGAUCCUUUAGGAAUAGAACAUAUUUUUGACUCUGAAAAAGAGUCUCACGUUGAUAAUUGAAGAAAUAUGAAUCGUAAGUGGAAGUUAUAGUAAAACGGAACUAGAUUUGACAAUUAUAUUUUAUACUGCACGAAUUCCUAGAAGAAUAUGCAUUACCGCUAUUUUUAUCGCGGGCUCAACGAUUAAUACUAGUGAAAUACAAUGAGAAAAACGAUCGUAGUUAGCUUUUGAUACGUUAUAGAGGAACUGUAGGCUGACGUAGUAGUAUAAAGAAAAAAUAAUUUUUAAAACAAAAUGUCGCACUUUUCAUGAAGUGAACCCUUUUUACAUUUCCCACCAAUUUGACGCAACCGGAUCCUUGACACCAUAAAAUUUUCGCCUCAGAAUACAUAACUUAAAAAUGGCGGGAAAACCAAUAAUAAAUUUGAGUUAUCAUGUUACCAUAAUGCACCUCGUGUUGCCAUCUUUAAAUAUGAUAUAUAACGUGUCAAAUGCGAAAUAAAUUGAUGUUUUUCUCUGGCUUUCAUUAAAUUCAUUGUCGUAUAGGCACGGAGCCAGGAAAUUGAAACUGGGUAGAAAGCAUUUACUAAACUUACGGCGUCUCACUUUGCCCCUAGUUACUCUUAAGUACAAAAAAUAGCAGCAAAAAUAUUACCUUCGAGGAAAAGGGAUAUCUUGAGCCUCCCCAGUCCCCUUUGUGGCGCCGUCUGUUACACUUUCAACAAUCACAUGUAUGUUUUAUUUUAUUUUCUGCAUUUUAGUUGACAUAAAAACCCGUAUCAUAAAACUCGCACACACUCACACUUACUGAACGUGGCUUUAAAAUCACCUCGUAACUCUUCGAAGACGGCUGUAUACUGCUGAACAUUCUGUCAACUGAUGGCUUAUAUAUUAUAUAUAACCACAAAUAUUGGCAUCGCUGGAGAAAUGACGUAGUCAUUGACUAGAGAGAGCGUGAUUUUUCUGUCGCACUCAGUGAGUGUGAGCGAGCCUUUAGAUUACGGGCAGUAGGCUUUAAAUGAGCCCGGGGACAAUGAAUAGCAGGCAAUACGAUCUGCAUAGUUUGUGAAGAAUCAACGGCUAAUUUUCCAUUAAUCUGGAAUCAUGCAAUAUUCUGACACGUCGGAACGAGUCGAACAUUGUUCGUGAAAAACGAAGUUUGCCACAUGCAAUAUGUUAAUGUUCACGUCGUAUUCAACUAUUUAGGAAUGUGUUCCAAUAAUUAUGAUGAAACAUAACUAGUUUCUUACUUAUUUACAAUUGUUAUACAUGUUAAUUAAUUUAGCACGUCAAAACUAUCCUUAGUCAUUUUUUUCAAACGUUCAAUAAAUGAAUAUGAUAACUAA